AGACCGUGAGGAUCAGUGGGUGGGGUACCCAGAGCUGGCAGGAAGCCACCUGUUUGUGGUGGACAAAGGCUCUCUGGGGCCCCUUCUGUUGUGGAUACCAGCACGGUUGCCACCGGGGCCUUUGGUCCAAGGGGCCCAGGGAAGCCAGUGCCGCUUCGAUUUAAUGCUCCAGGAGCUGCUCCUUCCAUCGCAGCUGCCCCUCUUUGAAGGAGACAGAGACAGUGGGACCAAUUGCAUAGAGGGCGAUUGGCAGGGCAUUCCAGCUGCCGGUCCCGGGGCUCCCGAGCCUCUUCCGUCCUCAGGGAAAGGUGUCUCUUAGCAGGACAAGGGCCAGCUGAAGGGCAAAGGGGCUGUGGAGGUACCCUCUUCAGAGACCUCCGGGACACCGCCUGCACCCACUGAGCCGGGGCUGGGGAAGGGCUCUCCCAGCCCCCGACGGGAGGCGGAGCAAGGCGCGGUGAGGAUCCCCGCCCCGAAAGGCCGGGCGGGGCCUGCCAGGCCAGCUUCGGCCGCUGGACCCCGACGCGCUGCUUCUCUCCGUUGCCGGCCGCUGCCAGAGACGCUCCUCGCUAGCUCUGCCGCCGCGGUGCCCUCGAUCCCCAUCCAUCCAUGGCUGCGAAACGGGCGCUGAUCGUGCUGGCCCACCAGGAACCGGGCUCGUUUAACCACGCCUUGCAGCGGGCGGCAGUCGAGGCGCUGGAGAGCGGCGGCUGGAACGUGGCCGUCUCCGACCUCUACGCUCAGCACUUCCAGCCGGUCCUGUCACGCGCGGACUUCUCCGGUGACCCCGACGACCCGCGCAACCUCAAUUACGCGAAGGAGGCCGGGCUGGCUUGGAAGGAAGGCCGCCUUAGCAGCGACAUUCUGGGUGAGGUGGAGAAGCUGGCAAACGCCGACCUCGUCAUUUUCCAGUUUCCCCUGCAUUGGUUUGGCCUCCCAGCCAUCCUGAAAGGCUGGUUCGACCGCAUCCUCAUCCAGGGCUUUGCCUACUCCUACGGGGCUAUGUACGAUCAGGGACCCUUCCAGAAAAAGAAGGCCGUGCUAUCCUUCACUACUGCCGCGAUGGACUCCAUGUAUACUCCAGUGGGCAUCAAUGGAGACAUUAACAUCCUGCUUUGGCCGAUACAGAGUGGCACCCUUCAUUUCUGUGGCUUCCAAGUCUUAGCUCCCCAGAUUGCUUUCAGCAUCGGCCAGCGUACUCCAGAGGACGUCCGCUCACAAAUCCUGGAGGACUGGAAGAGGAGACUGACAGGCAUCUGGGAAGAGAAGCCCCUCAGCUUUGCCCCAAACAGCCAUUUUGAGUUGGAUUUUGCUAAGGGGUUUGUGCUGAAGAAAGAUGUCCAGGAAGACCAGGAAAAGGAGAAAUACGGGCUGACGGUUGGCCAGCACCUGGGGAAGCCAUUCCCACCAGACCACCAGGUCAAGGCUCAGGAGAAGUAAUUGUCCCAUUGGGAAGCUGUGUAGGAUUGCAAUGGCCAUCAGCCCACUUCUGCCCCUCCCCUAGAAAUUAGCAGGUGCAGGGAAGGGGGUCCCAGCCAAGACAACAUUGGAUCCUUUAGGCAGGAGGUUUUCCACCCAGCUCUAUUCUUUCUCUUAGUGGUGUAAUUGGGGCUUCAAAUGCCUUGAAGGGCUGCCCGCCAAUGGGAUCAGAGAAGCCUGCUAGCAUUGCUUCAGCAUUCGCGUUGCCUAAAACCUGGGGGGCCUUUUCUCUUUGCAUAUUUAGGGUGCUGUGGGUGCUUUUCAAAUCCCAAGACUAAUCUGUCAGAUGUUAGGUAGGAAGAUCAUUGCCCCUCCUUUUCUGUCUGUAAAUGUUAGUGAAAUAAAAGCCCUGAAUAUGAAUGUUGCGCCAAUGUUCUGUGGUUAAUUUGCCAGACUGUGUGAAAGAAUAUUAUGAACUCUACAACAGCUAUAGGUAGUCCCUGAUUUACAACAGUUCAUUUAGUGACUGUUCAAAGUUACGACGGCAGUGAAAAAAGUGACAUGACUGUUUUUCUCAGGACCACUGCAGCAUCCCCAGGGCCACCUGAUCAAAAUUCCGGUACUUGGCCAGUGGUUCAUAUUUAUGACGGUUGCAGUAUCCCGGGAUCAUGUGAUCACCUUUUUCAAUCCUCUGACAAGCAAAGUCAGUGGGAAUCCAGAUCCACUUAGCAACCAUGUUACUAACUUAGCAAAUGCAACGAUUCACUUAAUAACUGUGGCAAGAAAAGUCGUGAAAUGGGGCAAACUCACUUAACAAAUGUUUCACUUAGCAACAUAAAUUUUGGGCUCAAUUGUGGUUGUAACUCGAGGACUACCUGUACUGUUGUUUUCCAAAUAAGCAGCUUACAUCGAGGUAACCUGAUUCUCUUUCAUUCACUCUUUCAGUGAGGUCUGUAGUUGUAGGUUGUUUUAGAAAUGGCCAUCAGCCUUGCAGAAGAGACAUGUACAACUCAAAAGGCAGAGAAAAGCAAAGUCCCUUUAGUUGUGUGAGACACAUCAGGUCGAUUGACUCAAGUUUCAGAAUGCAAAAUUAAUAGAGGACACCAAUGCACUGGUGAGAUUACACUUUGUAUGGACAUUAUGAUCACAAUUAAAACCUCGGUGCCCAAACUGCAUCUUGGGGCAGUCCCAUUUCUAUUUCAACAUAUUCUGGGUUAUCACGAGCAUUUUUCAGUCUGGACUCCAUAAAACAGAACAAAAAAGCAAAUGCAGGCCAAGUUCAGAAGAUCAUCAAGCCUAGACUUUAUUCCCGCGUAAGUCUCCCCCGCCCCCACUUUGCCAAGACAGAAAUCUGCACUUCUCCCAAUGCUCUUCCCAGGAUAAGCAUCCCCAGACAACCCUGAAAUUUGUCGAGGAAUACCAAGUAUGCAACUCCAAGGGGCACGUCAGCUGGAGAAACUGAAUGCAAAAGAAAAAA